AUGCUAUGCUUCCUCGAAUGGCUGUUGUUGCAUCCGCAUCGUUCCCAACUAUAUCUUUAUACUGCCUAUCAAUGCCUCGAUUGCCCCUCCACAUCCUCGUGGAUUUGCCUGCAUUUCUUCAGCCGGACGGCGCCUAACAUGCCAAUUUCCCACAGUGCCAGUGCUAGCAACCUUCAGACCCAGCCUGUGGCUACCGGACUAGUCAAUGAUGCUGUACCCCCAACUGCCUCUUCUGCCGGCCAAAAUAUGGCUGCCUGGGCUGUGUUCGAUCCACUCAUUUCAGGUUCGACCUCGACGUCGACUUUGGGAGGUUCUGCUGCCGUUAUCAGCACGGCUGCCAGCCUGGCUGGGCUAAGUUUGGGGGCUGGUAGGACAGCUGCCGCGCAGCCAUUGGUCUCCGCGUCCUCUUUGCCGGGUCGAACUGUGCAAGCGGCCUCUCCCAUUGGCUUCCCAAUGAUGCCCGAGUAA